CAGCUCCACUAAACCCGCACGAUUCUCAAAGCGAUGACCCCCACAGAGGCGUCCGGACUCCGAAACGAGGACCCGACCGGUUUGGCGCAGCUGUCGCUCCGUGGAUCCGAAGCGCACGGACGCGUUUUGACGCUGUGCUUUUGAAACGCCGCCUGUUUUACGCGCAGCCGCCUGAGAUGUGUUCGCUGUGGCACGGAGAGUAGAAGCGGCCACAAAACCCUCCCACAGCAACCGGACCGACACUUUCCGGACCCCGUUUUGACUUUCCACCGGAGGAUGUUUGAGUCAGGAUGCUGCGCUUCCCCGUGAAGAAGAUACGGAAGCAGUUCAAGCUGCUGCUGCUGCUGGUGCUGCUCUCCUCCGCUGUGUGGUUCACCUACCUGCACAUCAACCAGGGCAAGACCAUCAAACUGCACUUCAACUACGGAAAAGACGGAGAGAGACAGACGGAGGGGACAGAUGCCAGUCGUAAGAGGGAGACCCGUUCCUCGGCUGGGCACCAUAAGAGUGAGGACACCAGUGACAGCAGGGAGGACGAGGCAGCAGAUGACGAGCCAGUCACAGGAGGGGCCAACAGCAGAGACCAAACUCACAUUCACAAGUUCCUCAACCAGCGUCACAAGAAAUUGCCGUGGAAGCCUGAGUUUAAGGGCCAGGCCAACCUGCACGUGUUUGAGGACUGGUGCGGCUCCUCGAUAGCUCAGCUAAGAAAGAAUCUGCACUUUCCUCUGUACCCACACACCAGAACCACAUUGAAGAAGUUGGCGGUGGCUCCCAAGUGGAAGAACUAUGGCCUGAGGAUUUUUGGCUUCCUUCAUCCUUACAGAGAUGGUGAUUUCCAGUUCUCCGUGUCAUCUGACGAUAACUCUGAGUUCUGGCUGAGUCCAGACGAGAGCCCUCUCAACGCCAGGCUGCUGGUAUACGUAGGACGGCUUGGUACAGAAUGGACUGCUCCAGGGGAAUUCAGCAAGUUCAGGUCCCAGUCCUCCAAGUCUGUGCACUUGAUCUCCUCCAGACGAUACUACUUCGAGAUCCUGCACAAGCAAGAUGACAAGGGUUCGGACCAUGUGGAGGUCGGGUGGCGCCCGUUCCUUCCUGGUCUGAAAUAUGAAGUGAUAGACUCCGCCUACAUCUCCCUGUACACAGAUGAGUCCACUUUGAAGAUGAACAGCGUUGACCAUAUCCCGCAGACUUUGGCAAGUCACAUCCGUCUCCCAGAAGAGUAUCAACAUCAGGGGCAGGAAGGGGGCAGCAUCCUGCAGCACGGAGCAGAUAUGCUGAAGCCAGACCCCAGAGACACCUUCUACAACACUCCUAUGAUCGAACCAUCCCGCGUGGAAAAUGUUCUCCCGGCCUGUCUCUAUUCUCCAACUUAUGUAGUGAAAGAUUUUCCCAUCGCCAGAUACCAGGGUUUGCAAUUUGUGUAUCUGUCUUUUGUCUAUCCUAAUGACUUCACCCGUCUCACUCACAUGGAGAGAGAGAACAAGUGUUUCUACAGAGAAUCCCCCAUCUACUUAGAGAAGUUUGGGUUCUACAAAUACAUGAAGAUGGAUGAGGAGGAAGACGACAGGCCGUUCUUUUUUCCAAAUCCAGAUGAUUUCCUGGAGGAGGAGGAGGUGGUGGAUGCAGAAGACAAGGCAGAGAUUGUUGGCACGCAAUUGCCCAAGAAGCCCUCUCAUCCAAGCCAAAUCAGCCACACAUCCAACUUUUCCCAUCAGCAAUCAAAACCUGGGCCAACGCUAGCUGACAGAGAAGGGGGAGUAGAGGAGGAGGAGGAACCUGAUGAAGAGGUGGAGAGGGAAGUCAAAAGUGUGGUACUCCGUAGAGAGAGGAGACACUUUCAUCACAGAGCUCCACAGAUGGGUAGAGCUGAGGACAGAGAUUGGGAAAGACAUCAUAUUAGAGGAGACAUGGACCACGGCAUUAGGAAGGGACCGCCAGAGCCCCAACACCGUAUACUUCAACCUGACAUGGAGAGUGUGGUACAGAGCCGCUCCCUAACCUGGACCCGCUCUAUUGAACCUGAGCUGGGUCCUGGAAGAAAAGGAGGAGCAACAAGGGGAGGAACAGGAGAGAAUGGAGCUGAGACGCCACCUAAACUGAGCAAGUCUUCACUCCUUUUCCCCCAAGAGUCUUCCUUCUCUGUCCUCGCCAGCCGAGCCAAGCAGAUCCUCAGCAACUCUGCCCACAGCAACACCAACAACCUCCGUGACAAUAACAAGCUCAUUGGAAACAAAAAGGAGAAGAGGGAGGACAACAAAGUUUACAUUACCAGGCCUCGACCAGCCAAAGAGAGAGACAGGGAGAGGGAGAGAGAGCAGCGACGAGAAAGGAGGGAAGAGAGGGCAUCGCGCCAUGCUAGAGAGGUGUUCCCAGGAGUCUUUCUGUACCAAACUGGAAAGACCACCAGGCUGGUCAACCUGGGAUCCCGAGGACACACUGAAGCAAGGGUAACAGGGGGUAGGAGCCUUAUUAGUGCCCCUCAACUCUGGCCAAUCCCCCCUACAAAAGUCGGUAAGACAUUGCCACACAAUGGAACCAUCAGCGUGCACGGGGAAACCAUUGUACAGAAGACUGCCAACAGAGCACUAGUAGCAAAACAACCAGACAAAAGCAAGAGAAAAGGGGAGCACAGGUCUUUAAAGCGACAAAAUGUUUUUCCUGCUGAUUUGUCGAGUAAAGAAGGCCAUCUAAUCCCACUGUUACCUCACCCUUCACCUCCAGUUACGCCUCCAAGAUUAAACUCUACAGAAAACACACAGCAUGACCAAUCUCGGGUUACCUCUUACCUCAGAACAUCAGAGAUCACGGAGUCCCAGCAGCAACCAGAUCAGGACCAAAAUGAAGCAGAACUUGACCAGGAUACAAACCACUCUAAUCCUGAUCUUGAUCCUGAGCCAGAACCAGAACCUGAAGAUGGUGAACUUUCUGACUACAGCUAUGAAGAAGUCGAGGCUCGGCCAGGUUGGGCAGAGGAAAGCAUCAAUUGGCAGAGGACCUUCUCAGUCAAUCCAAUGGACUUUGAGCUACUGCGUUCAGACUGGAAUGACCUGCGCUGCAAUGUGUCUGGCAACCUCCAACUGGCAGAGAGUGAGGUGGUGGAUGUGCUGGCCCAAUAUAUGGAGAAACUCAACGAACGAAAUGGAGGGAUCUACACCCUGCUUCGGAUCAUCAACAUUGAAAAGCGUCGUGAUUCUGCAAGAGGGAACCGUUACCUGGUGGAGCUGGAGCUCAUGGAGAGAGGGCGCAGUGUGGUACGUCUGUCUGAAUAUAUUUACCUGCUGCUGCAUCGUGGUAAACAAGGAGAAGAAAGCCUGGAGAACAUCAACUCUGCCUCACCCUUGGCCUUGGCUUCUGCCCCCUCCACUGCAACAUCCAGCUUCAGCACUCCAGCUCCCAGUCCUUCCACUAGGUCUCCUGCUCAUCCUAUAGCGACCCCCUGGAGCACGGCCUAUGCUAAGCCCCUGCUCUGCCAGCCUGUUAUGCUGCAAUGGAGAAGAGACGUCAUGGUGCACUUUGUGGUGCCAGUGAAAAACCAAGCUCGGUGGGUGCAGCAGUUUAUCUCUGACAUGGAAAAUCUUCAUCGCCAGACCAAAGACGACAAUUUCAGCAUCAUCAUUGUUGACUUUGAGAGUGAAGACAUGGAUGUGGAGCAAGCCUUGAGAGAGAGUGGCGUGCCGAGAUACGAGUAUCUAAGGAGAGAAGGGAACUUUGAGCGCUCAGCAGGACUGCAGAUCGGAGUAGACACUAUUGAGGACAGCCACAGCAUUGUGUUCCUGUGUGAUCUGCACAUCCACUUCCCUCUCAACAUCCUGGAGAGCAUCAGAAAACACUGUGUGGAGGGGCGCCUUGCUUUUGCUCCCAUUGUCAUGAGACUCAGCUGCGGCAGCUCGCCACACGAGCCUGAUGGUUACUGGGAGGUGAAUGGCUUUGGUCUAUUUGGAAUCUACAAGUCUGAUUUUGAUAAGAUUGGAGGGAUGAACACUGAGGAAUUUAAAGACCGUUGGGGUGGAGAAGACUGGGAGUUGUUGGACAGGGUGCUGCAGAACGGCUUGGAGGUGGAAAGGCUACGCCUGAGGAACUUCUUCCACUACUACCACUCCAAAAGGGGCAUGUGGAAUGCCCAGAGCAAGAAAACUCCAAAGGGAUAGCGACCCCUGCUAGUCAGAGGAUACUAACCUACCUGCAGAUCCAUUGUGUGUGUGUGUGAGAGAGAGAGAGAGAGAGAGAGACCCGCAGGAGCUCACUCACUGCCUGAACUCUGUCUUUCCGUAACAGGCACCUUUCGUGGGGCCUCUGUUGUUUUGGCUCCCUUCGUGUGAGGAGACAGAGUCUAAAUCUGAACUUUGUAAGCACCACGUUUACGUAGUGACACCCAAGUUAUCACUUUGUCUCACUGACUGAACUCUUGUACAGAGAGAAGAGGUGUAUUUUUUUUUUUUUACACACUCUUUCUGGGUUUUAUUUGUUUGUUUGUUUGUUUUGUGGGUGG